AUGAAUUCUCCGAUUCGUAAACUUCCCGGUGCGAAGAAGCAGUUUGCGCACGUCCAAUCCAAAGUUGACUGCAAGAGGCCAGCAAUUCCAUCGGCUGAGGCCGCCAAACCGGUCCGGGAGAGUCCCAAAUUGAAGACGAAAUCGCCCGUUGUCACCGGUGCAUCGUCGUUCAAAUCACCUCCAGUUCAGGAAUUGGCUAAACCCUUUCGCGCCAAACCUGUUCCACCUAGCCAAUACGGCCAGCCCUUUCGACCUGUGCUGAGACGAAAGAGCCCUCUGCCCAACAACGAGGCUCCGAAAGUAAUGGAAGUUCCUACUGCAAAGGCUGUUGAAGCCGCUACAUCACAAGACGCAGUUGAGGAAGUUCCAGAGGUCGACGUAGCUGUUAAAGUUCCUUUUGAAGUUCCUGUUGAAGCUGCUGAAAACGCAGCUGAUGUCGUUGCAGACCAAGUUGAGGAAGUUCUGGCUGUCGAUGAAGUUGUUGAAGUCGCUCCGGCCGCAGAAGCAGAGGCCGUUGAGGAAGAUGCUGCUCAUGUCAUUGAAGAACUUCCUGUUGCUGAAGAGGCUGUUGAAGCCGCCGAUGAGGAUGAAGCUGCGCCUCCCGUUGUAGCAUUGGCUGCUGAGGCCCUUCUUCCUUCUGAAGUUGUUUCUGGACCUGAGAAGAAGAAGACUUCUUCUGCUCCGGGUGUUCCAUCUGGCCCAGAGGCUUCACCUGUUCAAGUUGAACCACACGUGGUCGAUGAAGCUUGCUUCGCCCAACUGACCAGGAAGCAGAAACGUAACAUUGCUACCAAACAAAGACGUUCGGCUUCUCGGCGAGCUAAGCGCGAGGCCUUGCGUCCCGAUGCUCACAUUUACAUACCGCCACGCCUUCUUGAAGCCCCUGAAGUCGACGUAGCUGUUCAAGUUCCUGUUGAAGCUGAUGUCGUUGCAGACCAAGUUGAGGAAGUUCCGGCUGUCGAUGAAGUUGUUGAAGUCGCUCCGGCCGCAGAAGCAGAGGCCGUUGAGGAAGAUGCUGCUCAGGUCAUUGAAGAACUUCCUGUUGCUGCAGAGGCUGUUGAAGCUGCCGAUGAGGAUGAAGCUGCGCCUCCCGUUGUAGCAUUGGCUGCUGAGGCCCUUCUUCCUUCUGAAGUUGUUUCUGGACCUGAGAAGAAGAAGACUUCUUCUGCUCCGGGUGUUCCAUCUGCCCCAGAGGCUUCACCUCUUCAAGUUGAACCACACGUGGUCGAUGAAGCUUGCUUCGCCCAACUGACCAGGAAGCAGAAACGUAACAUUGCUACCAAACAAAGACGUUCGGCUUCUCGGCGAGCUAAGCGCGAGGCCUUGCGUCCCGAUGCUCCCAUUUACAUACCGCCGCGCCUUCUUGGAGCCCCUGAAGUUCCAGCCGACUACGCCCCUGCCGUCGAAGCUCAUUACAUGGACGCUGGGUACGAUGCGGGAACAGCCUACUACCCCUACACCGACCCGACGGAGUACUACGCUGCGGCUGCUGGCACUGAACACUAUGCCCAGGACUCUGGCUACUACACCGAAAGCGCUCCAGUCUACGACGGCCAGCAGCAGUAUGUUGCUGGAAGCUAUGUCUACGUCACGGACGUCCCUGUCUAUAGCAACGAGUACGCGACGGCCGUUCCUGUCAAUUACUACGCCAACUUGGCAGCAGGAACAGCCACGUUCAGUCCGUUCAGUGCGGCUAACGUUCAGUACGUUGCUUAA